GUGAGCCGAGAAGCAGAUCCGAGGCGCAGAGAGAGAGAGAUGGAAACAUCAUUGAAGGAAGAAAAUAACAAUCUCAAAGAGCGAAAGGCAUCGUGGGCAAAGCUCCGUCGUGUAGACUCUCUCAAUUUGGAAGCCGGAAGAGUUUCCGACUCCCAAAGCCACCUCUCUAAGUUGACUUGGAGAGUCACUCUGAGUUUAGCAUUUCAAAGCUUAGGGAUUGUCUAUGGCGAUAUCGGUACGUCUCCACUUUACGUGUACGCCAGUACUUUCACCGACGGUAUCAAAAACAUCGACGACAUUCUCGGCGUCUUGUCUCUCAUCAUCUACACUCUCGUCCUCAUACCAAUGCUCAAGUAUGUUUUUAUCGUCUUAUGGGCCAACGACAAUGGAAACGGCGGAGCGUUUGCGCUCUAUUCGUUGAUAUGUCGGCAUGUGAAGGUGAGUCUUAUUCCGAAUCAACAACCAGAGGACAGGGAGAUAUCAAAUUACCGGCUGGAAGAACCGUCGAGCCGGUUUAAACGAGCCGAGAAGAUCAAAAACAAGAUAGAGAAUAGUAAAUCUGUGAGGAUUUUGCUUGUGCUUGUAACCAUUAUGGGAACUUCCAUGGUGAUCGGAGACGGCGUUCUUACACCAUCCAUCUCAGUUCUUUCGGCGGUAAGCGGGAUCAGUAAAUCCUUGGGUCAAGGCGCUGUUGUGGGAAUUUCGAUAGCGAUCUUAGUGGUGCUUUUCUCAGUACAACGAUUUGGGACAGAUAAAGUGGGAUUUUCAUUCGCCCCAAUUAUCAUCGUGUGGUUUUCAUUUAUAGGAGGAAUCGGUCUUUACAAUUUAUUCAAACAUGACGUUGGGGUAUUACGUGCUUUCAAUCCAAAAUAUAUUGUUGAUUAUUUCAAGAGGAAUGGUAAGCAUGGAUGGAUUUCACUUGGAGGAGUCUUCUUAUGCAUCACAGGAUCUGAAGCCAUGUUCGCUGACUUGGGUCACUUUAGCGUACGAUCAAUUCAAAUUAGCUUCACUUGCGUUACAUUUCCUGCAUUGCUAGCUGCAUAUAGCGGGCAAGCAGCAUAUCUACGAAAAUUCCCAGAGAACGUAGCCGAUACAUUCUAUGAUAGCAUACCAGAUCCAUUAUAUUGGCCAACCUUUGUGAUAGCUAUAGCUGCUGCCAUCAUAGCAAGCCAAGCAAUGAUAUCUGGAGCAUUUUCCAUUUUGUCACAGGCCCUAAAUCUAGGUUGUUUCCCUAGGGUUAAGGUUGUUCAUACUUCUGUCAAGCACAGGGGUCAGGUGUAUAUUCCUGAGAUCAACUACAUGUUCAUGCUUGCAUGCAUUGUGAUCUGUGCUGCCUUUAGGACCACAGAAAAUAUCAGUCAUGCAUACGGGAUUGCUGUGGUUUGUGACAUGAUGAUCACAACAAGCCUGGUUACACUUAUAAUGCUAAUUAUAUGGAAGGCAAGCCUGUGGUGGGUUGUUCUCUUCUUUUUGGUAUUUGGUUGCUCAGAGGCACUGUAUCUUUCAGCACAAUUAACCAAGUUCCCACAAGGAGGCUUUCUUCCACUUGUAUCUGCUAUCUUCUUGACCAUGAUGAUGGGCACAUGGCAUUAUGUGCACAAAGAAAGAUACAAUUUUGAGCUCGAACACAAGAUUUCCACAGAGCAUCUGAAUGACUUGAUCAGCAAUUCCAAUAUAAAUCGUGUGCCUGGAAUUGGACUUCUGUAUUCUGAACUGGUUCAGGGCAUUCCUCCAAUAUUCCCUCACUUUGUUGCCAACGUACCAUCAAUCCACUCCGUGGUAGUGUUUGUUUCUAUCAAGUCCAUUCCUAUUAGCAGAGUUGUACUGGAGGAGAGAUUCCUGUUUCGCCAGGUGGGACCAAGAGAGCACCGAAUGUUCCGGUGUGUUGUGAGGUAUGGUUACAACGAUCGGCUUGAAGAGCCAGAGGAGUUUGAGGCGCAACUAGUACAACACUUGGAGGCAUUUAUUCGUGAAGAAGAUCUUAUGGCGAUCCACGAAGAGACUCAAGGAGGCACAGAUGAUAAUGGUGAGGUGACGAGAGGGAAGAGCUCUAGGUCCCACAGAAUAGCACCGGAGCAAAAUAAUGGAAUAUCACGUGCCUCAUCAGAUUCUGGUCGUGCCAUCACCCACGAGCAGGUUGAUGUUGAUGAUGAGAUCAAGUUUGUAGAGAAAGCAAGAGAAAAAGGGGUGGUUUACUUGUUGGGAGAAGCUGAGGUUGUGGCUAAGCCUAAUUCAUCCUUCAUCAAUAAGAUCGUUGUCAAUUAUAUCUACAACUUCUUGAGAUACAACUUCAGACAAGGGGUCAAACACAUGGCUGUUCCACGUGGAAGGCUUCUCAAGGUCGGAAUGACAUAUGAAAUAUGACACACCUCAGUUCACAAAUCAAUCCACCUGUGUUUUCCUGAUAUGUCAAUUAUGUACCAUGUGUUUUCCUCAUCACUUUUGGAUUUUCACCAUCUAUAAUAUAUAUAUAUAUAUAUGUAUGUAUGUAUGUAAGUGUGUGAUAUUUUUAUUCAUAAGUUAGUGCACGUUUGGUAUCAGAAAAAAUGUGUUCUCUAAGGGAAAAAGAGAAAUGUAAGUAGAAAGAAAAUGAGAUGGGUACAGUUUUCAUUUUUUUUUUUUUUAUAAAGAAUCAUUUUUCACGUACCAAACAAUACAUUAUAGGAUUGAUCUACCUUAAUUAUCUAUGUAUGUAAUGGAAGAAAUAAUACUUUCGUCAUCUAUAUAUGUAACUAAAUGUGAUGCCCUAUGUUAAUUAGACAUGCUUGUGGGCUGCUUAA